GGAGGAGCGAGCGGAAGGAAGGAAGCCUGUGCACAUCUAGCUGGUCCACCAGUCCAGGACCCAACCACCUCCAGUGGCCAGUUUGGGCGCCCUGGGACUUAGCUACAGCUAGGCAUGGCAGACUCCGCACAGGUACCAACACUGGUAUACCUGGUCACGGGUGGCUGUGGCUUCCUGGGGGAACAUAUUGUUCGGAUGCUGCUGGAACGGGAGCCCAGGCUCCGGGAGCUGCGUGUCUUUGACCUGCACCUGAGUUCUUGGCUGGAGGAGCUGAAAACAGGGCCUGUGCAGGUGACUGCCAUCCAGGGGGAUGUGACUCAGGCCCAUGAGGUGGCAGCAGCCGUGGCUGGAUCUCAUGUGGUCAUCCAUACAGCUGGGUUGGUGGAUGUGUUUGGGAAGGCCAGUCCAAAGACCAUCCACAAAGUCAACGUGCAGGGCACACAGAAUGUGAUCGAUGCUUGUGUGCAGACCGGCACUCGGUACCUGGUCUACACAAGCAGCAUGGAAGUGGUGGGGCCUAACACCAAGGGCCACCCCUUCUACAGGGGCAAUGAAGAUACCCCAUAUGAGGCAGUGCACAGGCAUCCCUACCCAUGCAGCAAAGCCCUUGCUGAGCAGUUGGUCCUGGAGGCCAACGGGAGGAAGGUCAAGGGAGGGCUACCCCUGGUGACAUGUGCCCUUCGACCCACGGGCAUUUAUGGUGAAGGUCAUCAGGUCAUGAGAGACUUCUACUACCAGGGACUGCGCUUUGGAGGUCGUCUAUUUCGGGCCAUCCCAGCUUCUGUGGAGCACGGUCGGGUUUACGUUGGCAAUGUUGCUUGGAUGCACAUACUGGUGGCCCGGGAGCUGGAGCAGCGGGCAGCACUCAUGGGUGGCCAGGUGUAUUUCUGCUAUGAUAAGUCACCUUAUAAAAGCUACGAGGACUUCAACAUGGAGUUUCUGAGUCCCUGUGGUCUUCGACUGAUAGGCACCCACCCACUGCUGCCCUACUGGCUGCUAGUGCUGCUGGCUGCUCUCAAUGCCUUGCUGCAGUGGCUGCUCCGCCCACUGGUGCUGUACACACCCCUGCUGAAUCCCUACACGCUGGCUGUGGCCAACACCACCUUUACUGUCAGUACCAACAAGGCACAGCGGCAUUUUGGCUACAAGCCCCUCUUCUCAUGGGAAGAGAGCAGGACCCGCACCAUUCACUGGGUGAAGGCCAUGGAAGGUUCAGCUCGGUGAUGGCAGGGUCAGGAACUGGAGACCACUGUGGCACAUUCUCCAGGUCCUGAGCCCCCAAAUCUUGGAUAAAAAGAAAUGGCUACCUUUUGAAGCUGAAGACUCUGCUCUAUACAUCAUGACUCUCUGAUGUGGACCCUGCCACAUCUUAACUACACAGAUCCUGAGACUGAUUCAUAUUCCAGUCUCCGAGUUCUAGGAUAGGGUUUGGGGAGAGGCCUACCUUGGUGCCAACUCAGGCCUGCCAGCUAGUUGUCAAAACUGAUUCCCGAAUGGUCUCACUACCUCUUCCUGUUUCCAGUUUCUCAAGCAGGGAGGGACAGAGACGCCAGAGAUCUUACACUGCUCUGCUUACUCCAGCUACCAUUUUCAGACAUGGCUCCUGCCACUUCUGGCUCUUCUUAAGGGGUUAUAAUUUCACCAUUUUCUUAAGUGUAUCUCUUUUAGACAUUUAUCUUUUAAUUUGCUUUAAAGAAAUCUGAAGAAAUCAAUGAUUUCCCAUGUCUCGCCUCUCCUAACAAAUUCAGCUACGAUAUUGUUAGCUUCCUCCCUGAGGGUGCCAACCUGUAUCUGGCUAAGCCUAGAAUAAAAUCCUUUUCCAAG